AUGGAACAGGGUUACGAAUUGGAUGGCGACGGAAAGAUGAGAGCAAAAUUUGCCAAUUUGCAACACAUGAUUGUAGUGAUCUCAUACCAAAUGACGAAACACCUUCCAGUUAAAACAUUGACAAUCUCACCAAUUGCGAAGUCUAUACAGAUUUCUGAAAACAAAACCACAACGUUUACUUGCAACACUUCUUACAGCCGACCGAUUCCUGAGAUUCAAUGGAUUUUAAAGGAUCGCAGCCAUUUGCAAUUAACUGGAGAGCAAACAAAUAGAACCAACAUUAUCGGUUUGACUUCAGCGGAGAGUACUCUUAUUAACAAACCUAGCAGAACAUACAACGGAUGGAAACUUUAUUGUAUUGUCAUCAAGUCGGAAGUGCAAAAGGAAGAAAUAUCAUCAAGUUUAAUAUCACUUAAUGUCACAUAUCCACCUGAUUCAACGCUAAUGAUAAAUGAAUUUCUCUCAAAUGGAAUUUAUUAUGCUAUUGAAAACAACACAGGUACUUUAACUUGCAAAAUUACCGGAGGAAAUCCAAAGCCAUUGUUGACAUGGACUAGAUGUUUUGAUAAUGAAAUUUAUACUAGUUCUGGCAGCUCAUCUACAACAGAAAGUGCGACAAAUACGUUGACUUGGCGGGCAAUGUCUGACACUGAUAGAUUAUGUACAUGUCAGUCCAUACAAUUAGAAAGAAAUGACUCUGUGUCUAUAAAUGUCAAAGUAUUAUAUCCUCCUACUGUACCAAUACUCAGGUAUGACUCGCAAAAUGUGUCUGGAAAUAUAUAUAUCAUACAAAACGAACAACUGUUGUUGGAUUGUUAUAGCAAUAGUAAGCCCCUUGCCAACUUAUCAAUGGGAAACAAAACACAUGCGCCAGUGACUUCAAUAGAACACUGCCAAAUUCUUGAGACGGAAAAGAUGUACCAAGGAAAUUAUACGUGUCCUUGUUACUAA